UAUUUCUAUCUGUAAUUUUAGGUGCAAGUGUUUGAUUUCAGUUUCUCGCAAUAAUUCAUAUCGCGUUCGAGUUUUUUCUAACGAAAUGAUUGAAUAAAAGAAAAUUAAAACAAUUCGGCGUUGAUUGAUAAAUGAAUAUAGUACGAAAUGGCAUUUUGUGACGAUUUGGUUAGAGAACCAAAUAAAAAUAUAAGAAAAUAUAGGAUUUAUCGGAAGAGUGCUAGUUUUGACAACAGGUACCCCAGACGGUGGACGAAGCUGCUUUCCGUUACUAAAUUAGAAGAUGUACCGGAAAACGAGUCUUCGUGCCCUUCUCCGUUGGCUGGUCCGGGUCCCGGGGGCCACAAAGGUUCGUUCAAGAGUAGCAACAAACUUGCGAGACGCGCCAGAUCUUUCAAAGACGAUUUUUUGGGGAAGAUAUCGCAGAUGAGGAGCCCCUCCGGUACUGGCGGAGUGCAAGCAGUCACCCCGCGAUCGCAGAGUCCCAAAGCACUCGCGUCCAAAGUCGAUCCCGAGCACAGGUUCAUAGUAAAAAGUCCCGAACAAGAAUUGGACGAACUUUGGAAACAGAUCCAGGUGGCUUUGAAGCAUUUUAGGGAUGUGGUUUCUAAGCAGAAAUUGGAAAUGCUUCCUGGUAACGGUACUAUUGUUUUGGAUACGGUGUGGCUGAUAAAUUUGGCGGUGAAAUCUUCGGUAGAAAAUACGAAUAAUGUUAAAACGGCAACGUCGCGGAUGUAUCAGAGCGUAGCGAGAUUGAUUAAAUUGUGCGACGACGUUCUUAUCGACGACAAAAGUUCCGAACUGGAUAAAGAAAACGUCAAUGAUAUCGUUCAACAAGUUGAAGAUGCUGUUAAGGAUAUCAUCACUUUGGUACAAGAAAAAGCAUCACACCAACAUAUCUCGUACAAAACAACCCCCAGAUCGUCUUAUUGUACUAAUUUAGAAAUGCCGGCACAACGAAACUCCCUUCCCGACAUCCCCCUAACACCCAGAGAAAGAGAAAUCAUCGAACAAAAUUCCGUUAUACAAAAUAAGGUCCGAAGUAGCCACAGUACGGAAUCAAUUUUAAGGGAACCGAGUCCGCCUCCUAAACCGCCGCUGCCGGAAAAUCUGCGCAAAUCCGAACCGAAUAAUCUUAUAACGCCGCCUCCGCUGCCGCCUAAAAAGAAGAAUCUCAAAAUGCAACAAUUGGUUGACGAAUGCGCGUUCGUCGAUCAUUCGCCGUCUUCCAACAGCUUCGAAAGAAUAUCCUUAAGAUCGAAAUCACCCGACGAUUCAAUAUCGAUUCUAUCGGAAAGCGCCGGCAGUAUCGAUUCCAUGUUGAAUCAUUCGUCGCGCGACGAAGACGAAAUCAAAGACAUCAUGGAUAGAGACGAUCUCUAUUUCGAGAACCAUUCGUCCGACGUGUUCGACGUAAAUUGUUCGACGUCCUGGGAGGAAUCGUCGUUGAGUUCCAGUUUAUCCAACCACAACGGUCUCGAUCAUUUAACAUCGGUCAACGAUUAUCAUCGAUUAUCGAACGCCGAUUCCGGCAUCGUUUCCGUUCGAUCGUCGAGUUAUUCGAGAAGUUCCCAGAUGAGUUCGAGCAGUUCGCAAAUUAUGACGCACGUUUCCAAAACUUCCGGUACCCAUAGGAGCGUCAAAGCGGAAACUACCGUACAAAAAACGACGCGACUUCAAGAGAGCGUCUGCCGUACCGUCAGUAGAGACGUGACGGAUUUUCUCGACGUCGAAGUACCGCCGGCGCUACCGCUGAAGACCAAGAAGAAGACCGAGCGGAAUCCUUCGCCGUACGAUAACGUGCCGGAAGAAAAUAUCGGCGAGUUGUUGGUAACAUGCGAAAGACACCAGUCCCAUCAGAGUUUAUCGAGUUGUACCAGCAAUUGGGAACAGGACGUCAAACCGCCUCCGUUACCGCCCAAAAAGAAACACAUGUUCCAAUCUGUGGCUUACUCGGUUAUGGCGUACAUGGAGAUGUUCGGCAACUGUUCCCACACCAACGAUCAAGAAUUCAUGAGACAUUCUGUACAUAUGGUUCAAUAUACGCAACCGACUGCCGGCGGUUUACCCACCACCCAAUCUUGCACGUUCACGCAAUCGCAUUCGGCGAGUCGCACGUCGCACAGUCACAUACAAGUAUUAACCCUACCAUCAAGAUCCGAUUCGCCGUCCCCCCUUCAUUCCCCCAAUUCCCAAACAUCGAAUAACGCCGCCCUACCCCCCGCUCUACCGCCCAAACAACGACGCAAACAAUCGGCGAGAACUCCUCCGCCUACCCCGGUAUCGGAACCGAAAAACUCUUCUUCUUCUUCUUCUUCUUCUUCCACUAACAAAGUAUUGCCUGAUCUAUUGGAACAUACGGCCAAGAACGAGGAGAAAUCGUCGGAGAGCAGCACGCCAUCUUGCGAAGAAGAUCUGAUGGAGAUGCUGAACGUCGAUCGGUAUUUGACGUGGAAGAAACCGGACGAAGAAGGACCGGAUAUAAGGGGCGGGCCGAUCGAUGCUCUGAUCAUACAAGCGACUAAAGCCACCAAAAAUGGAGUAUUCAUGUACCAAGAGGCUUUCCUAACGACGUACAGAACAUUCAUAUCCCCCCACGACCUCAUAACCAAACUAAUCCGAAGAUACAACCACUUCUACUACCAACAAGACAAAAAGCCCCGAUCGCGCGAAGCCUUCGCUCUAAUAGUGCGAGCCGUCAGCGAUCUAACAAGCCUCGAUCUAACCGAAGAUCUCCAACUCAAACUUAUGGAUUUCGUCCAACAGCUCAUCUCCUGCGGCGAAUUAACCCUAGCCAAGGCGCUGCGCGUCAAACACCUCCAAAGACACGAGGCCAAACAACAUUCGAUGAAAUACACGAACGUCGUCGCAUCGUUAUCGUUGCACAACAGAAAUUCGACGUUGUUGUGCUUCAAAUCCGAGCAAAUAGCCGAGCAAAUGACGCUGCUCGACGCCGAGCUGUUCAUGAAAAUCGAAAUACCGGAAGUGUUGAUUUGGGCGCAGGAACAGAACGAAGAGCGCAGCCCGAAUCUGACGAAAUUCACCGAACACUUCAACAAAAUGUCUUAUUGGGCGAGAACGAAAAUAUUGACGGCCGAUGGGAAGGACGCGAGGGAAAAGUACUUCGCCAAAUUUAUCAAAAUAAUGAAACACCUGAGGAAGAUCAACAAUUUUAAUUCGUAUUUGGCGCUGUUGUCGGCUUUGGAUUCGGCGCCGGUUCGAAGAUUGGAAUGGCAGAAACAAGUCCAAGAAGGACUCAAAGAAUAUUGCGCUCUCAUCGAUAGUUCUUCCAGUUUUAGGGCGUACAGGAUGGCUCUGGCGGAAACGCAACCGCCCUGUAUACCCUACAUAGGUCUGGUCCUGCAGGAUUUAACUUUCGUCCACAUAGGAAACAGCAAUUCCUUACCAGACGGUUCGAUAAAUUUCUCCAAAAGAUGGCAGCAAUUCAAUAUAGUCGAAAACAUGAAAAAAUUUAAAAAAUCGACGUACACGUUCAAGAAACAAGAAAAAAUCAUCACGUUCUUUCAAAAUUUCGACGAUUUCAUCGGCGAAGACGCCAUGUGGAAACUAUCGGAAACCAUAAAACCACGCGGCAAAAAAAACCACAACCGAGAUUAAAAGACUACAAAGCAAUAUAUUGAAAUUAACAAAAAAAAAUUAUAUACACUUAGUGCAA